AUGUUAACACUCGGUACAACGAAUAUCUGGAUGAAUUCGCUCCAGAUUUCCCAUCUGAAGCCAAAUUGGGAAAGUAGUUUGCCCAGUCGGAAAGCGGCGGGCCCUGAUGGAGUCUAUAAAUUCUUGAUUAGACAGUGCACCUCCUUACAUCCACAUUUGUACAAAAUAACAAACCGUACUGCUCAGAUAGGGAGGAGCAGGACUUUUGGUUCUACAAAGGGACGAUAUCUGAUUCCAAAAGGUAGUGAUUGCAGGCCAAUAACCUGCGUGUUGAAUCUCUAUAAGUUGGCAACCAAAUGUUGGACGAGUCAGAGGUUCUCUGAAAUUGUAGGGCAAGAGGUGAAUUUAGCAAAGUUAGGUGCUAGUCGAGAAUGCGCUGAUGCGGUACUCUUGGGAGGAGCUCAAUACCUUGGAAUAAUGAAGAUAGAACUAGUGUAUUUACCCACAAAAGCUAUGAUAAAGCAUAUAUCAGUCGAUAGUGCUCAAGAAAAUGCUCGAAAGCAUCUUAUUCGAUCAGCGCCGCGGAUUCUACGAGGACGAACAACGAAGACCAGCACAAGAGAACUGAGCGCGAAGCGGGUGCAGCAAGAAUUCUAUUGA